AUGACCCGCGUCGCCAAAGAGACCUUGCACAAGACCAUCUUCGAAUUGAAGAAUUUUCUCAUCGAGAGAGUGCCCAAGCGCAUUCACCACGGCGGCUUCGGCUCUCCGCCGAUCUCGCCCACUGAAGAUCUCAAGAAUCGUCCUGCGAUCGAAUGGCAAGACCUUCCUUGGACUUCCAGCAGGGCCCAUCUGUCAUGCGAGGUUCUGCAUCUUGAGAAGCCAAGGGAUGGAAACUUCAGUGCUCUCGAUUCUGCAUUUCUGCGGACUUUCUGCCGCAGCUCAUGUCCCGAAGCCUCCGACGAGGACCUGAUGGCAUCGCAGCGCAGCGGCGCAUAUAGUCAACUCAACUUUUCCCAAUCUGGCUUCGCCGACUCGUACUUCUCCCAGUGCACCCAAGGCUCCCAACAGCUGCAAGAGAACGAGGAAGAGGAUGGCCACCGUACUAAGCUGGUGCGUGGUCGGCUGCUGUAG